UGGCCGGGAUGGAGGUGAGCGGAAGUUUGGAGCGGGACCGGAAGUGGCGCCGUCACCUGAUCCGGCGGCUGGGCUGCUGCCACUGUGGGAGUCGGUGUCCGCCGCGUCUGCGCUGCGCUGCUCUGCUCCGCUCGGCCCCAUCCGGCAUGGACGAGACCAGCCCGCUCCGCUCCCCGCUCCAGCAGCCGCCCGACAGCUACUUGUCCACGGCGCAGCUGGCCGAGCCCCCGUCGCCGGCGGCUCCCUCAGCGCCGGGCCCGGCCUUCGGGCCUCGGCUGUCGGGCGGGGGUCCGGGCGCGGGCGUGCGGGUGUCGGGCCCGUCGCCGCCCGGGUCGCCGGGGGCGGGCCGCGAGCGCGAGCGGCAGCCCUUGCUGGGCCCGCGCGCCCUCAACGAGUUCCCGGACGAGCCCGAGUUCGCCGAGGUGAUCCGGCGGGCCGAGCAGGCGCAGGACCUGGGCAUCCACCCGCAGCGCAUCAGCCAGGGCUCCAGCGGCAGCUACUUCAUCCGCGACCCGUCGGGGGACAUUAUAGGUGUUUUUAAACCUAAAAACGAGGAACCAUAUGGACACCUGAAUCCCAAGUGGACCAAAUGGCUGCAGAAGCUGUGUUGUCCGUGUUGCUUUGGCAGAGACUGCCUCGUUCUCAAUCAGGGCUACCUCUCUGAGGCUGGGGCCAGCCUGGUGGACCAGAAACUGGGACUUAACAUAGUACCAAGGACUAAGGUGGUACGAUUAGCAAGUGAAACUUUCAAUUACAGUGCAAUUGACCGAGUGAAAUCCCGGGGAAAGAAGCUGGCACUCGAGAAAGUGCCAAAAGUGGGACAGCGGUUUCACCGGAUUGGCCUACCUCCCAAGGUCGGUUCCUUCCAGUUGUUUGUUGAAGGUUAUAGAGAUGCGGAUUAUUGGCUGCGCAGGUUUGAGGCAGAGCCUUUGCCUGAGAAGACAAAUCGACAGCUUCAACUCCAGUUUGAGAGGCUGGUGGUGCUGGAUUACAUAAUCAGAAACACGGAUCGUGGUAAUGAUAACUGGCUGAUUAAAUAUGACUAUCCGAUGGAUGGGGCUAGUUCGAAGGAUGCUGACUGGGUUGUAGUGAAAGAACCUAUUAUAAAGAUUGCUGCAAUAGACAAUGGAUUGGCAUUCCCUCUGAAACACCCAGACUCCUGGCGGGCCUAUCCAUUUUACUGGGCCUGGCUACCUCAAGCAAAGAUACCAUUUUCCCAGGAAAUUAAGGACCUCGUUCUUCCGAAGAUUUCUGACCCAAACUUUGUAAAAGAUUUAGAGGAGGAUCUUUAUGACCUCUUUAAGGAAGAUCCUGGUUUUGAUCGAGGACAGUUCUACAAACAAAUUUCUGUCAUGAGAGGGCAGAUUUUAAAUCUCACGCAGGCUCUGAAGGAUGGGAAGUCACCUCUGUUGCUCAUUCACAUCCCACCCGUCAUUGUUGAAACAACGCGAAGCCACCAUCGUAGCAGUGACUUGUAUACACAAAGCUUCCAGAGCAGAAAACCUUUUUUUACAUGGUGGUAGCAUGGCCGAAUAUAGGGAGAGAAACCCUGUUACAUGCACUGAUUGACAGUCCUGAUAAUUCGCAUCUCCUCCGCUCCUUGCUGAUGAGGACUCUGGGCUCACUUCACGUGUGGAGAGCGAGAGAGGUCAGCUUUGUCUGUUGUCCUAUGUAUGACCAUUGCACAAGAUGCCAAUACAUCUCUGAGAAAUGUUGAAUGAAGGGGAUUCUUCUGGGCGAUUUGCACUUAAUUCAAGCACCCUUCCCUGAAAUUAUCCAUUGUUCCUCAAUUCCUCUGAUGGCUCAGAUGCUUGGAUACCACUGGACUCUGUAAUGCUGCUUCUGUUGAGCUAAUUUAUGAUGUUUCGGGCACAGAAUUUUCUUGGUGUGUCUUAUCUCUGCCCUUUUCACUGAGCCCCAAAACUGGAAGUUUUUUUUUGCACUAAAAUGAUAUUGGUUCAAAUUGCAACCUAGUGCACUUCAUGAUAAAAUAGGUAGAAGUUAGAGCUGGAGUAAUCUGCUAUAAUCAUGGUCCAUCCCAUUCCACUUUGCAGUGUAUUUCUGCUUUUACAGAGGAAAGUGCAUGUAGGAUAAAGGAGAGCUGUGGAUACAAGAAGUGAUCAUGCUGUACUUGUGAAGAAAAUCUGUCAGAGAAGACAUCGGCCUCUGUCAGCUGGCGAGUGGGAGGGUAGCUGCACAAUCACUUGAUCUCUCCAUCCACUUGCAACAGUCUGGAUCCCAGCCAGAUCAAAAUGUUUCACGUUGCUGGGUUUGCAACCCUUUGGCCUUAAAUCUACAGCAUGAGUUUGCAGUUCUGUAGAUAAAAAUUGCACCCGUGGCACCCUCCUCCUGCCCUCUUCCCCAACCUUCUAUUUUAUUACAUUGUACAUGUCCUAUCAGGGGAAGGGAUGUGCAUGUAAAAUGGUAUUCAGUCUACAUAGCUUGAUUGUGAUCAAGGAGUAAUCUAACUGUAAUCAGAAGCUAAUAUAGCAUGUAUAUAUAUACAUAUAUAUAUAUAUAAACCAAAAUAAUGGUUAAUGCAAAAACUUUGCACAAGGGUCCUGUAACUGCCCACUGUUUCUAGUGCACCACCUCUUGGCUUUAAUGGUUUUUAUCUUGCUGUGACUGAAGUAUGCUCAGCAGAUUCCUAUUCAGGUUGGAAAUAUUCCUCUUUGCCAAUCUUUCUGCCUAACAGAAUGCUUUAUUCUUUUGCUUUUCCAAACUUCAGUUUACUGUUUUGGAGCACUUAUGCCAGAGCAAGAGGAGGAGAUUCAGAUCUUUUAAAUUGUCAGCUCUUUGGGUGUCCAGGUGCUGGGUUGUGGAUAUCGUGUCCUUUUCUUAAUUUUCCCUCUCUCCCUGCUUUCUAAUUGGGUGGGAGGUGAGGGGGUGGAGUAGAUGGGGUUGCCAGAUAUUGAGCAGAGGGGAUGUCGACUAUAUUCGAAGAGAAGUUAUGUUCUAUUUAGGUAAUCUGAUGGUCUCUCUGUUUAAGUAAUCUGUUCCUCUUGCUUGGGCAGCUGCCUCACCCCCUCUGCUUGUCACCUACAGCGAGGUUUAAAGACUCUAAUAUUCUGUGUCAUUGUAACCAUGAAAUGAUCACUCCACAAGAGGAGAUAAUGACCUUGAUAUUUUUAAAAUGGUUAACAUGAGAAAAAAGCUGCUUGGGCAUUGUUUGAAUUAUGGACACAUCUUUAUAGCUAGACUCUUAACUGGUUUGAUUGAAGAAUCGGCUUACCUGUAUCUGAUAUAUUUAAACAACAAUUGAAAUGGUGCCCUUGUCCUAUAUUCCUCCUGUGGUGAACCAGAAGUACUAAAUUCCAGGGAGGCAUAUUUACCUUGUUGCCCUUAACAUCACCCAUUCCUGAAUUUUGAGAGGGAGCUUGAGAGAAAGAAAAGGUAUCUACGAUAUCCCUUGUCAGACUCAGGAUUGAAACGUACAUAUUAACGCUGCUGCAGUAUAUAAGGUUAUUUCAGGAGUUCCGACUGGUCUGGAUUGUAUGCUUCCCUCGUCCAGUGAUUAUUAACACUCAAUCCCGCAUCUUUACAGAAUCGACUCCCUAAUUAUUAUUGAGAAAGGAUGGGGCCAGGUAUGUGAUGUACUUUCUAAACUUGCAUUGAUAGUCUAGGUUGAAGGCAGGGAGUCAACAUUUGAAAGCUUUCCUGUUUUAUGAAAUGCUUUGUCAUCCACAUUUAAAGAAAAAUUCCACUAAAGUGAGGCAGUCGCAAAAGUUGUAAGGCAGUCUAUACACUCCUUUUCCUUUGUCAUUGGCCACUUUAAAUAUUAGGGAUGCAUUGAUGUAGCAAUUAUGUUACCUCCUUACUGUAGGGCCUAGUGUUGCUCAGUUGUAAUAUGUAGUAUACCCUUCACUCAGACUAAACCUAAUUAACGUGGGAACACAAGUGGUGUUUGCUUACUAGCCAAUCCUUUUUGUCUUCGUCAGUGGAAAACGAACCUUCUUUAAUUGGACGUGGCCAGUCUCCACGUGAAUACUUUAAGGAAGAAAAACUAUGCAAUUGAUGUGGGAUUUUCAUUGUACCAGCUUUUUUUUUGUCGGUGUUACAAGCUUGUCCAUCCCUUCUCUUCCAGCCUUUCCACAUUAAAGGUGAAAGGGAAUGUGGGUGUUCAUUUUUUUUUUUGUUUACCAAAGGAGGCUGUUGGACAUAGGAAAACCAAAAUCAGUGCAGUUAGUGCUUUGGAUCAUCUGCUGUGAAAUUUAAUUUAGUAAAAUUGAAGAAGUGAAUGGUUUAUUCCUGGUUGCCCCUAACUGAAAGCAUACUUGGAAUUGGGAGAGGCAGUGAAGAGUUGAUGCACAACUGUUGAUUUGUCCAUAGCCUGGUAUCUACCCAGGUUUUCAGUAGUGUCACUUUGAAUUUACUCAAGUAGUCUGAGUCUCUGUCAUGCUGUAUGUCAAGAUUUUAGUUUAUAAAUCUUUAAAUGGUAACAUCUGUACUGUCUGACCUUUUCAGCUUCAAAUUUUCAAUGUUUUGGCCAUGUUGUCUGUCCGUUCACUGGGUGAUCUUGUUUUACACUCUGACUGAGUUAGCAACAAAACUUCACUAAAGAAUUUCUAAAAAUAUCCUUGUACAACCACUUAAUGUGAACAAAGUAAGCAGUGAUAUGUUUUAUUUUCAUGAACUCUAGAAAAAUUUUCAGGCAACACACAGAGUGUCUUAGUUGCAAAUGACUGAGUAUUAUGUAUAUUGUGGUCACUAAUGUUUUGAUCAGUGAUCUGUGUAAAAUGGACUAGCUAGCUAUUGUGGGGUAGGAUACUGUGUCCAGCACUUUGCAAACACAUUGGGUGACAGUGAAGAAAGAUGAGGUGAAUUGCACAGUUUCUUGCUUCAUUCCUGGGGUGAUAUUUGAAAAAUUGUUGGAAUAAAUCUUCAAAGUACUUUGCACAAUUUUGAAUCUAGUAGGUGUUAUUUUAAAGCAUUAUAAUUAGAUGACAAAUUUAAAUUAGUCAGCAUUCUUCUAAGAUUUAAACUUCCAUCUGAUCAUUUUGUGACUCCCAGUGAGAUGGAGAAUACGCACAAUCUAGAACAUGGACAAUGGAUGGUCACACACAUACUCAGUCUGAUUUAACUUUCCUUGGGUGUUUAAGCCUAACACAUAUUUAGGUCUAUCAUUUAAAUUAUUGCUUGGGUUUAAUACUUGCAAUCUACAUCUGCCAAUCGCUGGAGUAACUUUUAGUAAUUCUGUAUGGAAAUUCUAUGUGAGGAAGUCUUUAAUGGGUGCAUGUGUUAUGGUGGAGAUGACUGAAUACAAUAAAACUGUAUUCUAGUCCAGUUAGGACUGAUUUUAAAAUGACUACCCCAUGGGUCUUUUUGCUUGCAUUAGCUGAAGUUGCAGCCUUAUUGAAUGUGGGGUGAGGAUAGCGAAUGGAAAAUAAAGUUAGGAAAUCUUUGAGUGAUUUUAGUUUUAAUUUUGUAAUGGGACAAUGAACUUUUAAUAUAACCAUGGCUGAUCUAAUGGGAGAGAUGUCUUGGUGUGUACAUUUCUUUUUCCCCAUCACAGCCAUUUUCCUAGAAGGUAUAUAUAUGCACUUAAACUUCAAUCUUGUACCCUUCAGAGAAAAACAUUUUCAACUUAGUCAUUUUAGGUGCAGAGUGGCCGCUUGGAUAGAAUUCUUGUGGUUACCACUCUACAGAGAUAGAAGCAAAAUGUAAUGGGCAGUACCUCAAGUUGUGCAACUUGUUGAAGUCUCAUUAGUUCUGUGUAACUUCUGAUGCCCUUCCUUCCCUCUUAAUGUCCCCCUUUUCAUAAUGUGCAGCUUCUUUCAAGGAGUGUGUCCUACCGAUCCUCACUAGAGCUGACCAUGUUUUGGGGCAAUCUUUUCUGCCGAUAUUUGCGUUCCUUUCCUCUUCCACAGGUAUUUCUCACCUCUCCCAGUGGAAUGUGCUUAAAAUCUGUGUUUUCAAGCAAAAAAACUUCUCUUUAAAGUGGCAGAUUUUAUGAUGUACCAAUUCCCCCCACUCCCAAAAAAAAGCUUUAAAUCUCUCUACAAAUCUUCAUGUGACUCAUUUGGGACAACACCCACAGAGUCUUGCUCUUUACAAUUAAGAGGGAGGUAUCCAUUUUUAUCCCUUUAACUCUGUCUAAAUAUUAUAUGCAUUUACUUUAUCAGUCCUCAAUAUGUAUAUUUAUUAUUUUUUGAUGAAUGCAGUUCUUAUUUCCGCCACCUUCCACAUCUUUCUGCAUUCUAAGUAGUGUGCUCUGAAAAUGGCCGUUUGAAUACUUAUCUGUGUGGAUUAAUCCUCUCAAAGUCCAAUGUAUUUCUGUUGAGGGCCAAUGGUGGUCUCACCACAUGCUCUCUUAUGCAAAAUAGUUUGGGGUGAACAGUCAGCUGUUCAUGUGUCUUCCCAAAUAAGUAGCCAGUUUGCUUAAUGAUCCAGCGUUUGGUUAGUCGCAUGUUUCUGUUAGUAUAUUAAUCAAAAGCUACAUGUACACUGGUUUGUUCCACCUUACCCAUGUCUUCUCAGAUGCAGAUUUGAAACUGUUCCAGGAUGGCUUGUAUUUUGCUCUUGCCCCAAAUGUGUGCUGCAGCUUCACACCUUGUAGAACUUUAUGACCCCUUAUCAUCAGAUUCUUGUCCUCUGAUAGAGAGAUGGAUGUGAGAGCUUGAUUCUGAAAUUCCUAAUAUUGUUUGUUGAGGGUAAUUUGUGCCCCCUGAUAUUGGGAGGUAGUGGUUGGAGUAGGUGGUUGAUGAUUUCAAUCCUGUCAUUGUUAUCUCCCGUAGCAACCAUCAAGAACUCCACGGUCAAAAUGAAUCCUGAGUCAGUCCCGUCAGAAUACUUUGCCAUUUUGUAAAACCUGUGCAGUUCCAUUUCGACAGCGUUUGAUUUAUUUGUUCCCUUUGGCAUUUAAGGGUUCUGGUGAUGGUAAAUGUAAGAAUUGGAACAAUUCUCUUUAUUUGAUUUGUUGUCUGUCUCCUUUGCAAUAUUCCGCUCACUUAACCAGCUAACACACAAUUUGCAGUUUCACCACUGCCUAUUUUAAUGAGAUUUCUUUCAGGUUUGCAGAGUAAUAUAUUUAAAAUUACCUUGGAGAAUUUUUUUGCAAGUUAGGUUUUUUUUGAGUCAUUCUAUAUAUAGUGUUGGAAUACAGUUAAAUAUGAAUCCUGUGGCAGGUAAUAGUUAUGCCAUUUGGGGAAUGAACUGUAUUUUUAUCCUGCUUGGAUGCAAACUUCUGUAGAAAAUUCCUUCAAGCACCUAACGAUCUCACAAGCUAUCUGGUCACUUUCAGACUCACAUUUGAGGGUUGGAAUGAAGAGUCCUUGUGGUGAAGUGCUCCAGCUCAGUUUUCAACUCUGUCAUUGAACUAGCAAACCUUUACACUGGUCAAAAACUAUUAUGCAAGUCUCUGUACACAGUCUUCAAUUGUCCAUUAUGUGGGCAGGGGGUUGGGGGGGGGGGGGAAUCUAUGAUAAAGGUACUGCUCUAGUAUUCAUUAUGCCUUAAGAUAUGGAAUUUAUUUUUUUAAAAGAUUAUUUAAACUACAUUAUCUUAAAGUAUAUGUGUGACACUAUGGUGUGUACCUGCCGAAAGGGGUGGUCUGCUGUGAAUGUGGGGCUCUCGAGAUGACUACUAAUGCCAUCAGUAUAUAACUGCUUCUCCUUAUCAAUCCACUCAAAAGGCCAUUCUUAAUCUCUGCACUUCCUUCGGAAGUUCUGGAAAGGAGCUGGAACUUUGUCUUAAAUAGGUUGGUGUAGCUUUUUAUUUCUGUACCCAUCGUUCAAUGAAGAGAUUUUGAAAUUGAUACCUAUCCAACAUGCUUGGAUUGUUGGCUCCCUUUCCAAUCAGCCUUGCUUAUCUCUCCUGUCAGGGAGCUCAAGUUAGUUGUGUGUAGCAUCAUGACAGUUUAAAAGCUGCUUUUAGCACCAGUGGAAUGGAAUGACAAAUUUUUCACUAUGUUUCAAGUCGCCAGCAAGGGUUGCCAAGCGUGGUAUAACACUAUUCGACUGUAUCGGACCAUUACUUAUCAGAGAAACUGUUAAUGAUUAAUACUUCUGCCAGUUUAAAAUGCUUUAUUUUUUUUGCUUGAUACUGAAUCUGUAAUGUAUUGUUCUGAUAAAGCACUGUAUACUCUGUAAUGUAUUUAAAUAUAUAAAACAAGAACCAAAUAAUCACUUUCUGCAAGUAUAAAUCUGCCAAACUACUGUUUAGCAUUUGAUAAAUUUUCUAACGUGA